AUGAAAGUUGAGUGGCAGCAUGUUCAUGUCAGACUGGUAGUAAAGCAGAAAAAUUCUUCAAGACAGGCACUUAACAUAUUAUCGGAUAUGUGUGGUUGGACAGAAGAGGGAUUGCUGGCUGUUAUAGGUCCAAGUGGAUGUGGAAAGACCACGUUUCUGCGCAUGCUGGCUGGUCGCGUCCCGCAAGAUUCAUUUACAUCCGGAUAUGUUCACUACGACGGGAAGAUGAGGAAUAUUUGUCAGUGGCUGGAAAAGAUGGCUUACAUAGGACAGCGCGAUGUUGUUUACGAGCACCUCAUAGCGAAAGACCAUGUGAUGUAUUCGGCCCUGUUCAAUCGGAACAAAAUCGAAGACUUGGACCAGAAAAUUCAAAUUUUGUUUGACAAGCUGGAUAUGACGAAAUGCAUGCACAAAACGAUGGAUAAAUUGUCAAAUGGCGAAAGGAAAAGAGUGUUAAUUGCCAUGGAACUGAUUAGGGAGCCGGACGUAAUAAUCAUGGAUGAACCAACAAGCGGUCUGGACAGUACAAGUGCGUUUUAUCUUGUCAAAUUUUUGAAAGAGUUCGCAAUGAGCGGCAAAAUUGUGAUCUGCAGCAUACAUCAGCCAGAUGAAAGGGUUAUCAACCUGUUUGACAAGGUAAUGGUGUUAAACAUGGGGAAAACCGUUUUCUUCGGCGAAAAGAAAAUCUGCGAAGAACUUUUGAGCAGACAUGAAAUUGUGAGAAAUCCGCUUCUGUCAUUUUCGACGCACAUGAUGGAACUGUGCUGGUUUGAAAAUGAUGGAUAUGAUGCCGCUGCUUCUAUGAUCAAACUGGAAAGAAUUUUCCGUGAGAACCAGGUCAAAUAUGAAAAGAGUAUUGGCGAGAUUUCGCAUUUCAAGUCCAAAGAUGAUUUGUACAUGAACAUACAAUUUAGUCCUUAUCACGUCUUUUUUUUAGUGAAACGGUCGAUGUGUGCGCGUUUCAAUAACAAAUUGUCUUUUCUGCAUGUUAUUGUGUUCAAUUUACCGCUGCUUUUCUUUAUCAUUUUUGUGAAAUUUUCGUUGGCUGGUAUAUCCGAAUUUCAGUAUAAUUCUGGAAAGAUCCUGUUCUACUGUGAUGACUCUUUUCAAACGUUCGACAAAUUCUACUCUUCAAUGUUUACGCUAAUAAGCACAUCCAUCAUGUAUCUAAACAUAAAUGAUCUACCAAAGAUAUCAAACGAGCUUGCUGCGAACCGCUACUCUGUUAUUUCGUAUUAUUUUGGAAGCAUAUUCGAUGGAAUGGCUAUCUUUAUACCGUCUACCAUACUGGGUUUGCUUUCUAUGUACAUCUUCAUAGACAGUAUUUUUGAUCUGAAGUUCGCGUUCCUGUCAAUUUUAUUUCUCUUAACCUCAUGUCUUAACCUGUACUUUUUUAAGAACGUCUUUACAAGUCCGGUAGCCAAAAUUCUUGUGUCGUUCGUAUGUUUUAUGGUUGGGUUUCUACUCCGGAAAGCGAUGAAUUAUUUGGCGCCCCUGGAACAGCACAGUAUAAUCCGGCAUCUGUUGCAGGGAAUCAUAUGCGUCCUAGUUCCAUCCUUUCUGCAGGUGAGUACCGUAAUGCGUGUGCUAUCUGAGAACCAAAUAAGCAAGUGGCUGAGUAAGUGUUCUGGUAAAGAGAAUUUGCUGCCGCUAUAUUUCAUGGAGUGCAAAAGAAUGUGCGAAAAAAACGAGCCCUACUCAUCAAAUGUAUCUUUGCGCAUUUCAUUAAUUUGUUUUGCCUUGUUAUUCUACGUUGUAGCAGGCAUUGCUGCACUGUGGAGGACAAUUUGCCCAAAACUUAGGAUGCGUUUAAGUAAAAGAUAACAUUAUCGGGUAAGUAUUGCAUUCUUUUUUGCACGGCAUCAUUGAUUAUAUGUUGAUUAUGAAAGGCGUAUUCUACAACCUUAUACGUUCUACAGGUACCACGAUAAAGUUUCAACCGCUAAUUGAACCACGUGGUCACGAAAUACCACUCCUUAGGCCUGGUGGAGGUGUUCGAAUAUCAUUUAUGAUAAGGAAAGUAAAUAUGGC